AUGACGGCGCCACCCACCCUGGAGAGCGUGUUGCGGGAAGCGCCGGCGCUGCUCGACGCGCUCCCGGCGGCCUCCAAGCGGGCCGUCGCGGCGACGUCGUGGACCGUGCUGCUCACCGUGCUCGAGCUCACGCGCGCGGAGCUGCGCAUGCACGCCCGCAGCGAGCUGCUGCGGUCCAUCGCGGCGCGCAUGCCGCCGGGGACGCAGCCGGCGGCGGGGAGUUUGUGCCUGCAGGGGCUGUGCAGGGCGAUGAUACCGGCGGACGAGGCGGGGGCGCUGGUGGCGGCGCUGGACGCCUGCCGCGGCAGGCUCCCGAGAAUCCCAGCCUACCUGGACCAGCUGCUGGUGCUGGAGCGCGUGUUCGAGGCGUCGGAGCGGCUCGGGCGGCCGCUGCGGCUGCGGGGCAUCAAGAUGGCGGACGGCGAGACCUUUCUCAUGAUCCUGACCCAGAUAGGGUCGGCCUCUGGCGAACACGGCGACGUGCUUCUCGACCUGCUCGAAAGCAACGUCUGCUGGGAGCACCUCCGCGUCUUCAAGCUGGAUUUAGGGGAGGUGGACCCCAUGGUCGUCGAAGCCCUCGGCAUGCUCGCCGAGUCGCGCCACCUCGAGGAGCUGAGCAUCAUUGCCACGACGAUGGGGAGCCGGGCCCUGCGGCAAGUCGUGGAGACGGUGGGCCACCUGGCGGAGCUCCGCAAGCUGCGCUUGUCCGGAAUCGAUGUCAACUUGGAGUCGGGUGUGUUUUUUGAGACGCUCGAGGAGCACCCGUCAAUCGAGGAGGCGCACCUGGAACCGACUCUGAUCGGCCGCCGGUCCAUCGCCGCGCUGGACCGCCUGCUGCGCGAGAACACGUCGCUGCGGAAGCUGCGUCUGCCGCAGAUCUACAUGUUCGCGAACGUGGCGUCCCUGGAGCUCGGCAGGGCGAUUGGCGCGGGGCUGGCCGCCAACACCACGCUGGCGGAGCUCGACCUGCUGCAUGCCGACGAGUCUAGUCUCGAGGACGAGUUCUACGCCGAGGUCGCGCGCGGGCUGCUGCGGAACACCACGCUGCAGGCGCUCAGCCUCGGGCAGGAGUGCCCCGAUGCCGCUGUGGCGACGAUCGCGGCAGCGAUCAAGCAGGGGCUGCCGCUGCGGCGGCUCGUGCUGCGCGGCGUUGCGAUCGAUGGCGGCGCGGCGGAGCUGGCGCGCGUGCUGUCUGCGCGGUCGUGCAUGACGGAGCUGGACCUGACUGACUGCGAGGAGCUGUCGACGGAGGCUGUGCUGGAGCUGGCGGGCGCGAUCGAGCGGGGGGCGCUGGGGGGCACGCUGGAGACGCUGAGCCUGCAGCGAGUGUCCGCAGUCGCGGCGGAGGGCUUCGUGGCGCUGGGCAAGGCGCUGUGUGGCAACAGGGUGGUGCGCAAGCUGGACGUUCGUGAGAACGCCGCCGUCGGGGACGAGGGCGCGGCGGCGCUGGGGGGCGCGAUGGAGGCGGGGUGCGUGCUGGAGGAGGUGGUGCUGUUGGAGUGCGGCGUCACGGACGUGGGGGCGAUAGCACUGGCUGCGGGCCUGCAGGGCAACACCACGCUGCGCGUGCUGGAUCUGGCUGGGAACAGCAUCUGCACGGCUGGGGCUGUGGCACUGAUGGACGCGCUGGGCGAGGGGUCCGCGGUGAGGGAGCUGACCCUGCGCGACCAGCAGUACACGGAUGGUCAAGCACCGCUUGAGGACGCUGCGGCGGAUGCGUACGCGCGGGCGCUCCGCCGCGGCAGCGCGCUGAGCCGACUGGAAGUGACGAACGCGAACGUGAUGACGGCGGGCGCGCUGCGGGAGGUGGUGGACGCGAUGGUGGAGUGCAGCUGGCCAGGGAGGCGGCAGGGGCUGCACGCGGUGCGGCACGACAGUGUGCGAUGGGCGCCGGACGAGGAGCGGGCGGUCGAGGAGCAGCUCAAGGCGAGGGCGGCGGACGCGGAGCGGGACUGCCGCGGGAGGGUUCUCGUGACCACUGCACAGGUGGAGUUCGACAUUAUGGGGCUGGUGCGUCGUGGGCCGAUCAUGGAUCGCAUGCUCGAGGUGAACGACCUCGCAGCUGACAUGAAAGAUGUGUAA